AUCCCACGUUACCCUACGUUUACAUCGCGCGGUACAAAACAUGGAUGUAAUAUCUUCCUGAAUUUCCUCUGGUUUUUGUAGAACCACCUGCAACUGAACAUUUUUAAGAUACACGAAUCGAGAACGAGGAAGAAUCGCCAAGAUAAGGUUAGGCUAUUUGAUCGGAGAAACCAGCCUGUAGGCUACAGAAGAGGACGCAUGCAGUGCAUUAGCAAAGUCUACUCAAAAGUGUGUGGGAUGAAAAGACAAGGCAUCUCAAAGUUUAUUUUGGUGUCACUGCUUUUCUCAGCGAUUAUUGAGGUUCAGUUCCUUAUUUCACCUAUGGGAGUGGCAGCUCCGGGCAGUGACAUCACCCUUAGCUGCUAUUUCCCUCUGUAUGAAAACCUGAACCUCAACAAUGUGAUUGUCAACUGGCAGCGUGGAGAAUCAGAGGUGGUCCACAGCUAUUACCAUGGGAGAGAUCAGCUGGAAAGACAGAGUGUUGUUUACAAGGGCCGCACUCAUCUGUUUGAAGACCAGCUCACUGUGGGAAAUGCCUCACUUAGACUGAGUGGUGUGCAACCGGGUGACCAGGGCCAGUACACCUGUGAUGUGACAGAUGAACAGGGAAGCACCAAGGAAAAGCUACUACUUCUAGUGGCAGCCCCCUUCAAGGAGCCCCAGCUCUCUGUACAGUCAUCCUGUGACAGCUUCUUCAUCACCCUCAACUCCUCCCAGGGUUUCCCCCAGCCUAAUGUGUGGUGGACAGACUCCAUUGGAGGAGAUAUCUCCAAUCAGAGCCACAGCCGUAUUGGCCUGGACAGCAGGGGGCGCUAUGAGGUCCACAGCUCCAUGGAGGUCAGGCCAAACAGUACACUCACCAUCAUUGCUGAAAUGAGACUGGAUGUUCUCAAUCAAAGCUUCACCCGCUCACUCACCCUCCACCCACUCCCAGAAUGCUGUGAGGUGCCUCUUGCCACCAGGGGCAGACCGGCUUUGGUAUUAUUAGGGAUAGUUCUCUUGGCAGGAUUAGCAAUGUCACUCAUUUUGUACUACAGACACAAGCCUGAAACACACCAACACCAGAUGGUCCCACGUGAUGAUACAACAGGACAAGAUGAGGCUCAUGAAACAGAGACUUGAUAUGUCAUGACAGAAUACUAGUUUGAGAAGUCUAAGCUUACAGGACUGUGUUUCAAUGUCACAAAUAUAGGUGUGUUGCUGCCUUUGAAAAAUGUCCACACAUUAAUUCUGAUAAUUCAAACUAAAGAAACAAACAGCAUGGUAAACAUUGGCUGGUAUGGUCAAAAUACUGUGUCCUGCCAUUCCAGUCACUCCCAGUAGGCCUUGGAGCAUGUAUGCCUUUUAACUGUAUUCCCGAUCGGCCUGUAGAGGGGGUACACACACUUGACAGGGGUUAGUGGCAAACACACAUACAAUAGAAAUUCUUCAUGAAUUGGAAACAUAAGAAGGAAUUCCCCUCGACCAUGCACCAAAAAAUAAAUUAUAAUAAUAUAAUAAUCCCAUUGACCCCCAUUGUAAAAGAGCCAACCUCGUCAUCGAUUUUUAGAUAUACAGAAAUAACAAAAAAUGACGAAAAGCUGCUGUGUUAUUCAAUGUACAUGUAACCAGGUCAAAAAUCCCAACAUACGGUUCGCAAUGGUGCAACUUAGAGCCCUGUGGCUAUUCAAAUCAAAUGUUAUUUGGUCGCAUACACAGGUUUAGCAGAUGUUAUUGCGGGUGUAGCGAAAUUAUUGU